AUGAAGCAAAUAAGUCAAGAUUGGGAAGAGAUGAUGGCUGAAAAUUUUAAUCCGGUACCUCUCUCGCUACAAUUACUCGACGACAACUUGCUCGGUAAAGACUGCAAGAGAGGAAUUCAAGGGUACACCGGAGAAAUUGGAAGUUUUGUUAAGAGAAAAACAUUUUCUAACGGCAUCCAAGUUGUUAUUGGAAUCCAUCCACAUCUUGGAAAGAAAGGAGAUGAUGGGAAUUA